AUGGUCAGCUCCUGUUGUGGCUCUGUCUGCUCUGACCAGAGCUGUGGUCGAGGUCUCUGCCAGGAGAGCUGCUGCUGCCCCUGCUGCUGCCAGACCACCUGCUGCCGCCAGACCACCUGCUGCCGCCCCAGCUGCUACAUCUCCAGCUGCUGCAGGCCUUCCUCCUGUAUCUCCAGCUGCUGCAAGCCUUCCUGCUGUAUCUCCAGCUGCUACAGACCCAGUUGUUGCCAGACCACCUGCUGCAGGACCACGUGCUGCCGCCCCAGCUGCUGCAGGCCCCAGUGCUGUCAGCCCUCCUGCUGCCACCCGGCUUGCUGCAUUUCUAGCUGCUAUCCUUCCAGCUGCUGUGUGUCCAGCUGCUGCCGCCUCUCCUGUUGCCAGACCACCUGCUGUAGAACAACCUGCUUCCGCCCCAUCUGUUGUGGCAAUUCUUGCUGCUGAACAACCUGCUGCAGGACCACCUGCUGCCGCCCCAGCUGCUGUGUGACCACCUGCUGCCGCCCCAGCUGCUGUGUGUCCAGCUGCUGCAGGCCCCAGUGCUGCCAGUCUCUUUGCUGCUAGCCCAUCUGCUGCCAUACAACCUGCUGCAGGACCACCUGCUGCUGCCCCAGCUGUUGCAUUUCCAGCUGCUGCCAGCCUUUCUGCAGUAUCUCUAGCAGCAGUAGCUCCUCCUGCUGUGGUUCCAGCUGCUGCAGGCCUUCCUGUGCGAUUCCAGUUGCUGCCACUCCAGCUGCUGGUAG